UGUUUGACAUGGACAUUUCAGCUAUUUGUUGCCUAUGAUUUGUGGUGAAAAUGAUAAAAAAAAUAAAAAAAAAUCUAUUUAAUAAUUUAUAUGUUUCUGAGUGUGAUGAGAUAUUUCUCAUUUGACAUCAAUUUGCAAUCACAGCCAGACAAUAAGUCAUGGAAAAAAGUCCCAGAGAGAGUGAGAGAGAGAGAGAGAGAGAGAGAGAGAGAGAGAGAGAAUAAUAGAGAUAAUAAUACAGAGUACAAUAAGUGGGUGUCACCAUACAGCAUCGGUUCAGUGGUGAAGAUAAGGGCAAACAAUCUGUGGGUAAAAGUGACAAAAUUUCAUCAAAAUGGGCUGCCUGAAGUUCCUCAAAGACUUUUUCUGGGGUUUUUGGGACUAUGAGACUCCUAAGGUGAUGGUAGUUAAGGACAAGAAAUUAGGAGUCAUUUACAGAGCCGUGCAGUUCCUAGUGAUCACAUACUUCAUUUGGUAUGUAUUUAUCAGUCAGAAAGCAUAUCAGGAGACUGAGACCCGUCCAGACAGCUCAGUUUACACUGAGAUGAGAGGUGUGGCCAUGCUGGGAGACAGCAUUCUGGACACAACAGAAUACGUUCAACCAUCUGAGGGUGGUGAUGUCAUAAGCACCAUACUUAGAAGAGAGGUGACGCAUGAUCAGACGCAGGGCACCUGUGCUGAGCAUUACAGUGUUGCCAAUGCAAACUGCACAAAAGAUUCUGACUGCAUUAAAGGGGAAAUUGACUUUGAUGGUCACGGCCAAAGAACAGGGCGAUGUAUACCAUACUACAAUUACACAUUCAAGACCUGUGAGAUCAAAUCUUGGUGUCCCAUUGAGGAAUAUGCUGUUGUUAGGGAACCAGCUUUGGAACAGGCAGUUAAUUUCACUGUAUUCAUAAAGAAUGCCAUCCAUUUCCCAAAGUUUAAAGUGCUUAGGGGAAACAUCAAACCGAACAAGCCAAAGAAGUUGGCACGGUGCCACUACCACCCAGAAACCAACCCAUAUUGUCCUGUAUUCAGCCUCGGCUUCAUCGCAACACAGGCCAGAGAAAAAUUCAGCGAACUUUGUAGAACUGGUGGAAUAAUUGGAGUGUUUAUUAACUGGAAGUGUGAUUUUGAUGUGGAUCCCUCGGAGUGCACUCCAACAUAUUCAUUUAGAAGGCUGGAUAUGAGAAAAGAUCUGCCCAGCUCAGGCUACUACUACAGGUUUGCGAAGUAUUACCAUAAGGAUGGUGUUGAGUACAGAUCGCUUAUAAAAGCAUAUGGGAUUCGGUUGGAUGUCAUCGUACAUGGACAUGCAGGAAGAUUCAGUCUUAUUCCAACCAUCAUCAACACAGUGACGGCCAUGACGUCAGUAGGAAUUUGCUCAGUCAUUUGUGAUUGGAUCAUGCUGACGUUCAUUGAUAAGAAUGAAGUCUUCAGUGACAAGAAGUUUGACGAUAUCUCUAAAGAACCCAGCCAGCCAAUCACAACAGACCUCACUCUUACAAGCUAUGGCUCCACCCACUCUGACCUCUCAGAGGGUGUGCCAUUAUGAACGAAGGUCACCAAAUUCCCUGUGACAACACAACUGCUCCAGUGAUAAUAUGCAAUGCCAAGAUGAGUAGAGUAUAAAGAAUAUUUUUACAUAAAGGACUGGAUGUUACCCUGUGUGAUAAAAGAGUGUGAAAUACAGUCAUAUGCAAACCAAAAUACCAUAUCUGGGUCCAGUAAAGCUUCUGGUUGUGACCUGCAACAUCCCAAACAUUUCUGUUAUGCUUAGCUUCAAUAAUUAUUGGACACUAAUGGACAAUGUGCAUGUUUAUUGCUUAAUUCAACUAGACUCCAGGUUUGCUUCUCAAAGCAUUUAUAUUGCACCCAUCUGGAAUUGGCUGGAUCGUGAAUAGUGGGCAUUCCAUAUCACAAGCUGAUUUUUGUCGAACAAUUUGCACUGAUAAAUAGUGCACACAAAGGCCAGGAAAUAUGUAUUAAAGGGAUAGUUCACCAAAAAUGAAAAUUCUCUCAUUAUUUACUCACCCUCAUGCCAUCCCAGAUGU